GUCGAAAACUGAGUUUGUCUCCGAAAAAACUGAAAGACAUGAGACAAUUUGUGAAAGAUAAAAAACACACUCAGUUUGAAUGUCUAAACAUUUCCAAGAUUUCGUACAGUUGUAUCAAAGGCAGGAAGUUUGCUAAACCAGAAAAUAUGCAGUUCGAGGAAAAGGAAUGCAUUGUUCUGUCUGUUUUUUUAAAAGGAUGGAUUCCGGUUGGGUUUGAAAAGUUCCCUGAUAAAGUUGGAAACUAUUUCAUUGAUGUGCGAGAAUUUCAAGGAAUAGACAUGCAUGGAGAUAAAAUUGAUAUGCUGUCAGCGGAAGCAACUACAACGGUUUAUAAGCAAGAACUUUAUACAUGCACUGUGCAAGGCAAUCUAAAAGUAGACGGAGAUGAAUCCACGUAUGCACUUACCUGUGCUCAUGGAGUUCUGAGUAAAAGCAAUAUUCUUGAAUUGGAGCAUGAUUUAAAGAUAGGAGGAAAUCACGCAGGUGCCCUUUUCAAAGAAACUAUUGCUCCUAAAUGCAACCUCGGAAUCAUCAAAGAUGCCUUUUAUGGUAUUCAUAACCAGGUUUUUGUUGAUAUUGCUAUCGUCGAACUCAAACGACCAUUGAAAAACAUAACAGAUGAAAUAAGGAAACAUGCCUCAGACUUUGACAUACCACCACUUUACAAGCUGAGAUACAAAACUAACUUUGAUGACAUAAAUAGAAAGGCGAUUGUUAUGAAAUAUGGAUGCAAAUCGGGUCUUACAUUUGGAUUGUUCGUUGAACGUGUCGAGCUUGAAAACAAACCUGAUGUUUUGGUUAUCGACGGAGUAUCAAAACAGUUUUCGCUACCAGGUGAUUCCGGGGCGAUUCUGCUGAUGGUCGAUCCCAAAAUAGUUAGCAAUGCCGUACUUAAUUCACUAGAAGUAGACAGGGAAUAUCUUAUUGCUUUAAACGAUCAGGACGAAAACGGUUCAAACGUGCAAGAGAACGACCAUUUCAAAAUCAUUGGAAUCGUUCAUGGAUGUUCCAAAGAUGAUACGAAAAUAACAUUCUGUACAAGAAUGACGCCCAGCAUGUCAGCGUUGAAACAGUCGUAUCAUUUUUGUUCGUAGUUUCGCUCAUCCGACGAUGAAUUGUGCUUCCGAAA